UCUACUCACCCAGUCAUAGUACACGCUAUUUUGGGGUUCCCUUUUUUCCCAUUUUUGUGUAAAGAAUGGAAGAGGUGGGGCUGGUAUCAUUCAUACGAGCAGCAUGGAUCUUUGCUACUUUUCCAGUUGCCGUAGCCUGUUUCCCAUUGCCUGGGCUUGGUUGGUUUCGCACAGCUCUAUUGGGGAUUGCCAAAAGAGGCAAGAUUGUGCAAUCCAAAUCUAAACUAACUGUGCCUCAGAGAUUCUUCUUUCACUUUUACGUGGUGGGGGUUUUGUGGACGACAAUCUUGCUUGUUUCAGUGUGGUCUUAUGCAAUGAGAGAACAUGUAUACAACGUUUGGCUAUCUGUGUUUCUCCUUCUUCUCAUGGAAGUUCAAGUUUUACGACGCUUCUAUGAGUCGAUCUAUGUUUUUAACUACAGUCCAUCAGCUCGAAUGCACAUCUUUGGUUAUCUUGUGGGGAUAUUUUUCUAUGCACUGGCUCCACUCUCGCUAUGCUGUAAUUUUGCACCUCAAGUCUUUGACUUUGUCAGUGGAAGGGUUCACAUGUCAAGGCCUGGAUUUGAUAAUAUAUGGAUGUUUGUGACUCCUUUCUUGAUGCUUCCAUGGUAUGCGUGGAUAGGUGGUGCAAUUUUCUUAUGGGGUUGGGUCCAUCAGCUUCGUUGUCAUCAAAUCCUUGGUUCCUUGCGAGACAAAACCGAAAAGCUGGAGGAAUACGUUAUUCCGUAUGGAGAUUGGUUUGAAUACGUGUCGUCUCCACACUACACGGCUGAAAUUGUCAUCUAUGGUGGUCUUGUGGUGGCUAGUGGUGGUGCAGAUCUCUCGUUGUGGUUGCUUUUAGCAUUUGUGGUGGCAAAUCUUGUUUUUGCAGCAAUAGAAACACAGAUAUGGUAUCGCCAUAAAUUCGACAAUUACCCUCGCAAUCGAUGUAUUAUUUUCCCGUUUGUUUAUUAG